GCACCGGAGCUUUAUUUUACACUGAAAUCUCAGCGAGUCCCGGUGCACCGCGCAUGGCCCCAGUGGUCACCAUGAGUUCCCAAACUGCAGAAGAGGAUGCCGGAGUGAUGCUGGCCGGUCAACCGGAGAUGCAGACCCGCGUCGGUGUGCAGGAGGACCCGCACAGACCGAAGAUUCUCCCGUUCAGCGUUGAAGCGCUGAUGGCGGACCGGAAACCGAGUCGCGGGUCACCAGAUGCUGAUGCUCGCCUGGCGUUUUCAGUGGAGGUUCUGCAGCUGCCGGUCAAGGCGGAGAGCCCGGAGAGCCCGGAACGGAGCACAUGGGUACCGGCUGCCCACUUCUCCCCCAGUCGUCUCAGUCCUCCCGCGUGUCCUCUGAGAAAACACAAAACCAACCGGAAGCCGCGGACCCCGUUCAGCACGGCGCAGCUGCUGGCGCUGGAGCGAAAGUUCCGGCAGAAACAGUACCUGUCCAUCGCCGAGCGGGCCGAGUUCUCCAGCUCCCUCAGCCUGACGGAGACCCAGGUCAAGAUCUGGUUCCAGAACAGACGGGCGAAGGCCAAGCGGCUGCAGGAGGCCGAGUUGGAGAAGCUGAAAAUGGCCGCCAAACCCCUGCUUCCUCCCGCUUUCGGGAUUUCGUUUCCCGCCGGCGCCCACAUCCCGGCUUACUCCACCGGAUCACACCCGUUUCACAGACACUCCGCGAGUGUGAGCCCGGUCGGACUGUACACACACAUGGGAUACAGCAUGUACCAUUUAGCAUAACACACGGACCGGUCCGGUUCACCCCAAAAUAUGCAGAAAAGUGACUGCCGCCAAUUCUAUCCCGGUAAAAGAGGAACUAGAUUUACUCUGACGGUGGCGCGUCUCCUGCGGCCGUCAGCCGCUUUCGGUGUGUGUUUGGCCAAAGGUAGGUCGGAGGAAACACAGUCUGCAUGACCUCCUGCAUUCAUAGCAAUGCGUCUACGAUCCAGAUGAUGUUUAAAUAGAGCAUCUUAUAAAUGAACAACACUGACGGGUGUUAUAAUGAUUCCCUUCGAAAGGGA